AUGAGGGAAGGUGGGGUGCGCGCACCGCCAUGGCGGGAGGGAGGUCGGAGAGGGGUGCGCGCCUCGGCGGGAGGCUUUUCGCUGCUCUGUCGCUGCCGACGGGGGAAGCGGGCUCGGCGGGAGACAGCGGCCGCUCUCAGCAGGAAGCCCGCCGCCUCGACCGGCGCGGGAGCCGCCACGCACAAAAUGGCUGCUCGCCCCUCAGGAGGCGGGAGCUCGGCGGCCGCCGCUCCCGCUCCGCGGCGGGUGGAAGAACAGGGGCGUCAGGCUCCUCUGCAUGUCCUCCCUCAUCUGCUCGCUGUGGGUGCUGACUGCAACCUCCACCGCAUCCCUGCAGAGGAGAACAGAGCGCUCUUGCACGUACCUAGAAGCAGAGAAGGAAGAAGGGAGGACCUCAGUCCCAGCUCCUCCAAGCCCACGGGGAAGUCUGUGAAUGUAACUCCCUGCCUCGUCGAGGACUGUUUUGAUACCACUGUCAAGGUUACUGUGUACCUCAUGGCCUUUAUCGUUCUGGAUUUUAUAUCCAUCAGUAAAAUAACCAGUCAUGGAGUUAGGAUUGCUGUGUACACGGUGCCAGACGAGGUCAAACAAGCUGGAUUCGCGCUGGAAAACGCCUGGGAGGGUUACCUCAGCAUCCCGUGUCCUUCACCUAAACCAGAUUUGGCGGCUACUCCUGAUUUUCAGUCCGGAGCUAUGGAAAACCAGGGGCUGACCACGCACCAGGAAUCUGUGCCGUUGUACAACCCUGAAAAGUCCUCAGCGUCUUCCAAACUUCGGGUUAGUAUGGGAGCAGCCCGCGGGCUGGCUCAUCGGUGGUUUGGCCACCUCGUUACCACGGAGUGGGGGAAGGAUCUGUGGUGGCGUGAAGGGUUUGCAAGGUUUAUGGGGUUCAUGUCGGUCAGAGGUAGCCACCCAGGAGUGAGAGCUGAAGACUGUUUCUUAAGAAGAUGUUUUGAUGCCAUGGCAGUGAAUGAAUUAAAUUCAUCACAGCCUAUAUCUGCUCCUAUGGAAGAUCCAUCUAAAAUUUUAGAACUGUUUGAUAAUGUUUCUUAUGAGAAAGGAUCUUGUAUAUUAAAUAUGCUGACGGACUACCUGACUGCUGAUGUGUGUAAAGCUGGACUUGCGCAGUACCUGUGGAAAUGGAGCUAACGGAAUACAAAAAAUGAAGAUUUGUGGAACACCACGACAAAUAUUUGCCCGACAGCAGCUACUGACAAGAAUGAACUGUAAGGUGAUGAUUUUUGCAGAAGAAGCCACCAGUCACUUUCAAAUGCACACUGGACUAAAGGAGAGACCCGUCGUGUGAGGGCGAUGCUGGACUCUUGGAUGCUGCAAAAAAAAAAAACGUUUUCCCUGGGAACUGCCACAGCUGGAGGGAAGAGCGUCCAGCUGCAGCGGCGGCAGCGCUGCGUGGAGGGAGCUCGUUCUGCCUCCUCUGCAGGGGGAACACAACGGGGAAAUCUCUGCAGGCAAGCCGAAACCCUGCUGUGGCCAACCGUGAUGCACCUUCACAGCUUUUACUUGCUGAUGGAACUGUCUCGGCAUGUGCCUUUCCCCGUGCAGCUCAGGGUCAGUACUCGGGGGGGUCGCUGCACCCUGCGUGCCUGCCCGGGGCGCCGGCAGCUGCAGGGCUGCUUCCGACCCAAACCAUUCUGUGAUUCUGUGAAAACACUCUGCAGAAUGUCUCUGAGAGAUUGUUCUGGGCACGCCCAAGGAGGCUGUGUCGAUACAUCCUGGUACAUUCAACUGUUUCCCAGCCGCAGGGAUCACUUUCAAACACCCCUGAUGGUAUUUUUCAGUAAGUUGCUUUGCCAGUUGAUGUGUGACGGCGACAUGGUUGGGUUUCUACAGGUGUUAGUAAACGCGACAUGGGGAGUAACUCGGUAUUCAACUUGUAGCUUGCCAGCAGAUGUGCAGAUAGCAGCGUGUGCUGUUGGACCACAAACAUCCAAAGGCUGGGAUUUCCUCCUUGGUAAACACAGACUGCACUCGUUCAACGCAGGGAGAGAGAACAUUGAAUUAGCUCUCAGCCUCGGGUGAAGGAAGGAUGAACUUUAGUGGUUAGUAGAUCAAGGUCUGCGUGGUGACAUCAAAAGAACUCAGGAUCUUCCACAUAUUAUUGUGUUUGUUGAAAACCCAUCUGGCUAUCGUCUAGCUUGGACGUCUUCAACAGAAAAUUGGGAGAAAGUUGCAGAAAAAUUUGAACUCUGUUUGAGUUCCGUAGCAGGCAUUGUCACUGGAGCGACAAGUUGUUGGUGCUCAACAAGGUCACAGCUUGCUGGAGGAAGAAUUCUGGACGAAGCGAGCACGUGGCUUCGCUGUGUCCAGUGAUCUGUCAAAACCACCGAAAACAAUGCGCAAUGGGUGGAUGGACAUGUUGGGAAAGUCAAAACACGGUUGCAAAACAAUCAUCUGCAGUUGUGAAUGGCCGCCUCUGUUUGCCUGCAGAAAGCUUUUAUUUCUGCACUAAACUUAAAAAAGUAAAACCCGACUGAUUAAGUGCUUGGAUGCACUUAAUUUCUUUGCCCUGACAGCCCUGCCCUCGCUGUGACUCCGUGCCGGUUGUUUCCUCUGCGGUUCUGACCCGCCUCCGUUUCCUCACCGAUGCGCUGAUGUGGCCAGGAGCUCCGACGGAGAGAAAAACUUGGAGAAAAACGCAUAAACCGGGAGCUAAGGGUAAGCUCUGGGCUGCGCCGCGCUUGCUUUUCCCCCAACUGGACGCUGCACCUGCCCGAGGAGCGGGGCCCGACUUCGGGAGAGGCCAGGAGGGCUCUUCCGUCCCGCUGCUGAGGGAGAAAAAGCUUCAAUUUUGUAAAAAACAGCGUUUCCCUGCGCCCGCCGCACCCUCUUCCGCGCGAGGCGUCUUGCGCCUCGUACCUCGGUGAGGGACACGGGAAUUCCGGGGGGGCUGUGCACCGCCUGCGCGGCACGUCCCGCUGCUCCAGGUGUCGCUGACUGUUGCUUGCUUUCCAACGCUGUCGCGAGCCGGGAGGGCUUUUUUUAACAAAAACGGAGAGGCUGCACGUUCCAGACCCCGUGCGCGGGAGGGGACCCCCCCCAGAACGAGCUCACCCUCAGCAGAGACCCCACCCGGGACCUUUCGGUGAAGUAACCACUUCGCUUCUGAGCACUCCGGGGCCCGUGCCUUCCAUCUUCUUGCUGCUUCCCUGCACCGCGGGAGUUCCAGAAGUUGAAUUCGGCCCUGGUUAACCAAAACUGAGGGAAAAGGGGGAAAAAAACGCCGUAGCUGGGUCUUGAUCAGAGCGUGAGGGCCUUGUUGAAGCACCGGCUGACAGGUGUUUUGCAGGUUUUUCUGAACGCAUCACACUCGGCUCUAACGUGCUGAAUAUUUUUUUUUUUUUUUUUUUUUUUUAAAAUCAUUUCUGGGGUGUGUCUCACGGUCGCUACUCAGACAACAGCAGCGAUAAACGGAAAGCCACGGACGCCGUAAUGCAUGCUUAAAAACUUUUAUUAGUGUGACACAGGUUCUCGGUACAGACUGCGCAGCACAGUCGAAAGUCUCAAUAUCCCCAACUGAAAUCCCCGGGCUGCCUCCGUCCGCAGCGCCGACGCACCCGAGCCAGACUCCGGCGCCGAAGGUCGGGGUGAGCCUCCCCCCCCCGCCGCCGGCGGAGCACCGCGCGUGGGGGGACGUGCAGGGGGGCUGUCCCGGGGGGCACGGGGCGCCGGGGGAAACACGCGGGGCAGCACCUUGUGCUGAGCCAGCUCCCUGCCGGGGGGGGGGGACGAGAAGCGGGGCCGGCUACACAAAAGAAACAAGAGAAGGAAAAGUCCGCCUGCCGACCUGAACGUCCCUUUGAUCUCCGCUCAGGCUCGUGGUCCUCCUUUACUUCUCCUCCGUGACGGUAACGGUGUCACUGCUGCACUAGGAUUUGUGUUUGUUCAGUCCAGGAGACUCCUGAAAUUACGAGGUAACAGUACAGAUACGAUCGGAAAUAAUAAUAAUAAUUAAAAAAAAAAAAAAAAAAGAAUCCUUAUUCGGUGUAUUUUGGUUGUUCUAACUAGUUAAGGCAGCAUCCAAAAUACCUGCUCUAAAUUGCUAGAUGCGCUUGAUGAAGCGAUAAAUCCCCAGUUUUUCAUCCUUUAGCUACUCACAGCUUACCUCUGGUUUCCAACCAGGAAACGCCGCACAGCCAGGCUGAGGUGAGCUGAAGGUAACUAAAGCUCAUCAUGUUCCAGAAUACUUAAUGCAUUCACUGCAAUGUUCAAAAUGCAAGCACAUACAAAUUCUUCUGAGAUUUACAGGCACUCUGUGGAGGUUAUGUGCAAAAGUCUGCAGAAUUUUUUUUUUUUUUUUUUUUUUUUUUUGGCAUUGCUGUUCAUUUAUGAAAUAUAUUUCUU